GCGACUAACUUCACAUCAUUACGUUCAACAAAUUUUGAAAGAUGGCUACCGUAAAGUUUGCAGUGGUUGAUGUUGGUGAUUUUCUAGCGAAAAAACAAGCCGCCGAGCCGGAUUUGGCGACAGAAUGGGCUAAACUAGAAGAGCUAUACAAUAAAAAAUUAUGGCAUCAGUUGACGCUAAAAUUGAUGGACUUUGUGAAACAUUCCUCGCUGCAGCGCGGCGACAAUCUAAUACAGCUGUACAAUAACUUUCUAUGCACAUUUGAGAACAAGAUUAACCCACUCUCGUUGGUAGAGAUCCUGGCAUUCACCGUGCAGCAGUACUCCAACAAGAAAGACGCCAUCGCUUUCCUCGAGAAGGUGGAGCCUAAAGUCAAAGCUAACGAUGAAGCGCUCACACUAUGCAAGGUCCUGCAAGGCCAGAUCUACUUGGAGCAGCUCAACGACCUGGACGCCACGGAGCGUAUCAUCACAGACAUUGAAGGCACGCUGGAAGACGCCGACGGAGUCACCCCCGUGCACGGACGGUUCUAUAAGCUUGCUGCUGAGUACUACAGGGUCCGCGGCCCCAUGGCCCGCUACUACCGCGCGGCGCUGCGCUACCUGGGCUGCAGCCGCGGCGGCGCCGACCUGCCGCCCGCCGAGCGCCGCGCCGUGGCGCUCCGCCUCGCGCUGGCCGCCGUCAUCGCGCCCACCGUCUACGACCUCGGCGAGCUGCUGGUCCAUCCUAUUCUGGAAUCCCUGCAAGGUACAUCAGACGAGUGGGCGCACGCGCUCCUUCAGGCAGUCGCGGCCGGCGACGUGGCAGCCUUCGACCGCGUGAGGACUGCGCACCCCCAUCCGGACAUACAGCGCGCUGACCGUCAGCUGCGACAGAAGAUCGCCAUCCUGUGUCUAAUGGAGAUGGCGUUCAACCGUACAUCAGCUCAACGGAAGCUGACGUUCGCGGAGAUAGCACGCGAGGCGAGGGUGCCGCUUGAAGAGGUGGAGUUAUUAGUUAUGAAAGCCCUGGCUGAGAACCUUAUCAAGGGACACAUCGACCAAGUGAGCUCGACGGUGUGCAUCCGCUGGGUGCGGCCCCGCGCGCUGGGCCGGGCCGGCGCCCGCGCGCUGGCGGCGCGGCUGGACGCGUGGUGCGGCGCCGUGGCGGCCGCCGCCGGCCUGCUGCAGCGGCGGGCGCCCGAGCUGCUCACACUCUAGCGCACACGCAACCGAUCGUGUUUGUGAGGAAGGGAUCCUGAAACUGAAGAAUCUUACACCCAUAUUCCAAAAUGUUCACUCGGAACUUGCUAGACUCCCUCGUCAGAACUCAGCUCUAAAUUGGUAUUCUUAUACAGCGCCUCAACCCUAACUCGGGUUUACUCCAGUCAGGCAUGACGUCAUUUUCGUAUUAUUAUGUUGGCAGUAUGAUUAUGACACUUAAAUGUUGAAUAGGUACUCAUUCACUUCAUUGAGUGCCUAUCAACCUGCUUGAAAUUUAAAAAGAGUGAAUUAGCUCAGAUGAAUUAAGUUCCCGAAGGGAUUUUUACUGAUAAAAAGUUUCAAUACUUCAGUGAAUAAAGUAAACUUGAAGUUAACUUAAAUGCACCCAGGUGAAUAAGGUGAAUAAAGUUUUUAAAAAGUAAAUGCACCCUGAAGAUUAAAGAUUGCAGCGUGGUGGAGUAUGCUCCAUACCCCCUCCGGUUGAUUGUGGGGAGGCCUGUGCCCAGCAGUGGGACGUAUAUAGGGUUUAUGAUAUGUAUGUUGUAUGUAUGGUGAUUAUAGAUUACUAAAAGUUAGUUUAAUGCACCUAGGUGAAUUAGCUCGGGUGAAUUAAGUUUACGAAGGGGUUUGACUCCAGUGAGUAAAGUCCUCAAGCCGAGGAGGUGAAUGUCAACUUGAAAUAUCAAAAUGGCGGAAAUGAAGGGCGCGUCGAGUGAACAUCUUAGAACACGGUUGUCAGUGUUUUAAAAAGGAUUGCAUUACAAUAGUUAUUAUAUACCUGAUAUUUCGAUGUAUUUGCAUAAAAAUAUAGUUAAAGCAUUUGUAACA